AUGAAAAAAGGUCUCGAUUUGGUCAUUCAACAAGCAUCGUUGUUCAAACUAAAACCACCACCGCGAGAUUGUGUAAGUGGCAUUAUUCAAACAGCGAACGGCGAUCUUCGAUUAGCGAUCAAUACAUUACAAUUUUCAAGUAGUGACAGUAAAGUGAAAUCAUCGGUAACAACGAGCAACUCCAAAGAUACGUGUUUAUCAUUGUUUCAAGGUCUUGGUCGAAUUUUGUAUAAAAAAGAUUAUGAAGAGAAUUCAACUGAUGAAAGUAAAAACCAACAGCCUGAAAAUCUUAUCGAACAAUGUCACAUAUCAGCAUCAACAUUCAUUGGAUUUCUAUUCGAAAAUUAUCUGGAUUUCUAUUCCUUAUUGGAUGAUAUCGGUCAAUUAUGCGAUCAUCUCAGUAUAACUGAAUAUAUUCUCAAUGAUUGGGAGACACGUUCACAACUCGUCUCAAUCUCAUCGAGUAUCGCUUGUCGAGCAGUACGAUUAUGCAAUUCCACACUGGUCAGUCGAGGCUUCAGACCAAUGCGCAAGCCACAAGAGAAUGAGAUCAAAUCUCGAGCACAAAAAAAUCGAACAAUCUUGACGACCAAUAAGCUAUAUUACGGCUGUUCCGAAGAAGAAUAUUUCACCACUAUCUUACCAUAUCAAGCAUGUUUGUUAAAAGUUUCGAAUUCUUCGAUGAUAAACGCUACGAAUCGUUCAAUUGUAGACAUUGGCUACAUUAAUCGAUCUUCCAAGAAACGGUCAUUGAGAAGACCUAAUAGAAAAUUCGAUAUGAGUUCGAUGGUUACAGAGAAGAACAGUUCGAUCGCACUUUUAACUGAUCAAAGCAAAGCAGAAACAGACGAAACUGCAUUCAAUUUCUCAAUAAAUCAUGCAACAACGGUGAAACUGAACAAAUUAGAAUACGAUGAUUCGGUUGAUAUCGACCCUAUUGAUGAUUAG